CACUCCUCUCUGAGGUCAGAGGUUUGUACUUCCUGUUCGGCGGUAAAGCGUGUUCUGCUUUGCGAAGUACAAACGUUUUUGUGACGAUUAUAUAUUCGUUUAAUUCAUUCCCAGACCGCGUUAACUAAACAGAGAUGAGUUUACCUCUGAACCCAAAACCAUUCCUGAACGGCCUGACAGGCAAACCAGUGAUGGUGAAGCUGAAGUGGGGUAUGGAGUAUAAGGGCUACCUGGUGUCUGUGGACGGGUACAUGAAUAUGCAGCUGGCAAACACAGAAGAGUAUGUGGACGGAGCGUUGGCGGGUCAUCUCGGCGAAGUGCUUAUCAGGUGCAAUAAUGUUUUGUACAUCAGAGGAGUAGAAGAAGAGGAGGAGGACGGAGAGAUGAGGGAGUGAUGUCGGUGAAGAGGACCCGGCCCUGCUGUGUGAUCGUACCUCGUAGUUGAGUUGACGUGUGUUUGUGUUUUCACCAUGUGAAACGAAUGGACGCCUGCGGUUUUGUUUUGUUUUUUGUUUUUCCAAGCAGUUUUGAAAAUGAUUUUUUUUUUUUUUUUUUACUGUAUGUGAGGCCAAUUUUAAGUUGUGACUUUGUGAUACAGACACAAUAAAAUGAUUAUUGUACCCUUUCUUAAA